UUCAAAGUUUAGCGACAAAGACUGCCAUAUUUGACUUCGUAGUUAUAGUACAGAGGUUAUAUAGGUACUUCUGGUGCAUAUUCUUCUUGAUUGCAAAUUGUACCACGUGUAACGUUUCCCGAGUCAUUCAUGCAGAUAAGAAAGAUAAAGAAUAUAGCAAAGUGCAGUAAAACAAUGGAAUUGCAGAGUAUUGUCCACUCUUUUUUAUCCAUAAUCCUGGUGGCCAAAUGUUGUGCGGCAGGAAACGUUUCCACGGAAUCCAACCUUCAGGCCAGACUUGGAUUCCACCCAGUCGAAUUCAAAUGUCAUUACACAUUAGGGCCUCACGAAACAGUACAUGCCAGAAAUAUUUCAUGGCAGAUAGAAAGUGUAACAGGAAGCGGACAAUUUGAAACAAUUGCUGAAUUCUCACUUCCAAAUGCCCCCAGACAGUCGAACCAGUACGUCACUACCUCAGUUGGCACGGAUUUCAAAACCCGAUCCGCACUGCUUAAUGUGGUUAGCUCUGGUUCAAACUCGUACACGGCCGUGUUCAGACUGAUUGAGGUGAGGUGUGAAGAUGAGGGUAAUUUCAGAUGUUCGGUCGUAUUCUCCAGCACGAGUGGAUCCACCACGGUAUCGUCUGACGUGUCUCUAUUUCUAACGGCCCCUGCUGAAAAGCCAUAUAGGGCCCCAGGUCCUAUACCCGACGAUUUAGAAGAAGGUAUGAGUGUAAAGUUUUCUUGCACGGCCAACGUAGGGAAACCACCAGGGAACAUCAAAUGGUGGCGUUAUCAGCAGGGGCGAUCGGUCCCUAAUUUCAUGGGGCAGUCGGAUACCGUACCUCUAAUGAAGACGGACGUUUGCGCCUACAAUGUGACCAGCUACAUAUCCGCGUUCACAAUGUCGAGAAACGAUGACAAGUCUGUGUGGAGAUGCUCCGUCAAUAACAACCUGUUAACGGCCUAUCCCGACUACGACAAACCGUACGAGGAAACUAAGGGAAUUCGAGUCUACUACAAAGUUGAAACUCCUUCUAUCGAGGUAAUACCAAAAGGUCCACGGUACGAGGUUGGAGCCAGCUUAACCAUAUACUGCACGGCUGAUGGCAACCCAAGUCCGCUGAUUGACAACCACAUUAAUUACUAUCUGUGGAUAUUCAGAGCUAGGGGAACUGCCAAGGACAUCGUCCUCACCUCUAAUAACGGCCUUCUGGCUCUUCAGAACCUCCAAGUAGAGAAUUCUGGGAAAUACACUUGUACUGCUCACAAUAGUUACAAUGGGAAGGAGUUCAGUAGCUCUAACCACAUAGAGGUUAUUAUACAAAUAGGUAAGCAUUUUCUUUAUCACAUUGUCAGUUUUAUCAAAAACGUAAUUCUUGAAAGUCUAUCGUCAAAUUUAUGUUGGUCAGGAGAAAUUUCAACUAUACCGAUAAUACAAGCCGGCGCCGGACGUAGUGAAGUCACUUUUGAAUGUAAUUACACUCUAACUGGUAACGAGCUAGUCUAUCCGGGAGGAAUCGCUUGGGAAGUAGAGAAAAAUGGACAUUACGAGGAGAUUGCAACAUUUUCCCCUCCAGAUUUUCCUGAUGAUAUAAACUCUUUUUCGUCUACAGAAUCAGGUUUGAUGUUCAUGAAUCGGUCUGAGUUGUUAAACGUGACGACCAUUGCUCCCAGUUCGUUUUAUGUAGCGAUGAGAGUUACAGAUUUGGAAUGCUCAGAUGAGAAUAAGUAUAAAUGUGUCAUAGACAUAAGACAUACAGCGGGACCUUCUCCUCUCGAGUCUUCUUCAUCACUUAUAUUCAGAUCCCCGGCAGAAGCACCUUAUGAACCUUUUAGAGAUGUCCCUCAUGAUAUCGAGGAGGACAUGUCAUAUAACUUCUCAUGUUCUGCUGACGUUGGUAAUCCUCCUGGGAAAAUCAAGUGGUGGCGCUUCAGGCAUGGGGUGUUGCAGCCCGAUUUCAUGGGCGAAUCUUUAGUUCCCACCACCCAUCCUGGACUGUGUGUCUUCAACGUAACUAGUUCUAUUGAACUUAACAUGACCAAGGAGGAUCACCGAUCGGUAUGGAGGUGUUCUGUGGACAAUGAGCUGCUGACGACUUCGCCAGAUUACAACAAGCCUCACCAAGAAUCCCAAAAGAUCAACGUAUUUUAUCCUGUUGGAAUUCCCAUAAUAAGCAAAGUGCCUGAUCACUCCCAGUAUUUGAAUGGUUCCAUGGUGACCUUACACUGUACAGCGCUUGGUAAUCCUAGACCAAAUGGCAAUGAUAAUGACACUAUUAACAAAUAUGUGUGGACCUUCCAGGGACUAAACACUGACAAUGUUACCGAACUGUCCACAGAAAACGGAACAUUAUUCUUGCGGAAUUUGCAGGAAGAUGAUUCUGGAAUGUACGAAUGCUUUGCUUUCAACGGCUUCAAUGGAAAAUUAUUUAAUGCAUCCCAAAAUAUUGAGAUACGAAUAGUUCGGCCAGAAGCUGAGACGCAAAAUACAGUUCGGCCAGAAGCUGAGACGCAAAAUACAGUUCUCGUAAUCUGCCUGUCCGUUUUGAGCGGUCUAUUUUUGGUGACGAUUCUAGUGAUACUUUUCAUUAAAAGACACCGCUUACCUUAUUUAUGCAGGUGCAGUAAGACUUCCCCACAGUGAUUUAUUAAUUCAAGAUUCGUUAUUCCAAUAUCAUGGACCCUCAAAGAACAAUCAACAUACAAUGAUUAAAAUGACAAUUUGUGAAGGACAGAGCAUGUAUCAAUGAAUGAACAAAUGAAAAUCACGAUCAGUGAUCAAUAUCACACAUUGUAAAUCAUAUAAACACAAGAAUGAUUACACUUUAUAUGCUAAAAUAUAAUGAUACAGAUCUAUCCUGUGUAAAAUUAUAAACUUUAAAGUGGAAGGCUGCUUCAUAAAAAUUACUACCGAUGAAAUAUGUUUACUUUCCAGAGUUUAUAGAAAUGUACAUUUCAAAGAAUUUGACAGACCAGAAACCGACAAUGUACGUAACAUGUAGGUUUUGCUUCAGUGCAAUUAUAUUUCAUAAGGGAAUUGCAUUUGUGAUCAAUUCAACAUGUCAACUUUUGUGAUUUUAAAUUUGAUAAAAGUUCUUUAGAAACUUUAA